GGAUUAGUUCAGCUCAGGUAGCUUCAGCCUUAUCCGAUGCCCGCAUAGAAAGAGACGGCGAGCUCCGAUUAAAGACCUUGAUUGCUCGCGUCUGCUCGGAAAUGGGUUCUCCGGCGGUGGCUGCGUCCCUCUUAGCUCAGUCUCAACUCUGCUUCUUCUCCAGCUCGCCGGGCCUGUCCUCGGGGAAGCAGGCGCGCGCCUUUCUUCGCAGCCGAGGCGCCAGCUUUCCGUUCCUCUUAUCGACCCGCCGUCAUCUGAGGGCAUUUUCGGAUCGGAGUAGAGCUUCUCCGGUUCGAUGCUACAACGCUGGAGAAGAAUCCGAAGAAAAGGAGAGUGGCAGUGGUUUGGACUGGCCGGUACUACGGCGAUGGGAUGUGCCGUGGCAGUGGCAGACGGUUUCUCUUACCUCCCUUGCCUGUGGAGUAAGUUUUGUUGUGACAGGAUUGAUAGAGACGGCAGCAAUAUCAUACUUGGGCCUUCGGCUCGAAGAGUUGAGCUUGGAUGAGAAGGCAGAAAUUCUUUUUCUUGAUCAGGGUAUAACUACUGCAGUUACACUUGGAGUUCUGUUUGGCAUUACCAGGAGUUUUCAACCACUUCCGAAUGACAUUUUCCGAUACGAUUUGAGGGAGCCUUUCAAUCUACAGAAAGGAUGGGUCUUAUGGGCUGGAGUAGGUCUUGUUGGCGCUAUAGGCGCUAUUGCAUUGACGGGAGCUGCUAUGUCCUUUUCCAAUGGUGAGCCCCCACAAAGAGAGACUGAUGCUCUUGUACGCUUGCUUCCGUUGAUCGGUUCCUCAAGCAUAAGCACGGCUUGCUUGGUUGGCAUUACUGGUGUCCUCGCUCCAAUUCUUGAGGAGACGGUAUUUCGAGGGUUUUUCAUGGUGUCCCUAACAAAAUGGGUCCCCACUCCUAUUGCCAUGCUGAUCAGUGCAGCUGUGUUUGCUGUGGCACAUCUUACUCCAGGAGAAUUUCCUCAGCUUUUUGUCCUCGGGAUCGCCUUGGGGCUCUCGUACGCUCAAACUCGAAACCUUUUGACCCCAAUCACAAUUCACGCCCUCUGGAAUUCGGGAGUCAUUCUCCUCCUUACCUUCCUUCAGCUCCAAGGAUAUGAUAUAAAGGAACUGCUGCAGGCUACCUGAAAGAGAUGGAUUAAUAAUUUUUGCUCUUGUAAUUUUCUGUAUUUUCUCCUCAAAUCUGGCCAGUGUCUCAUUUUCUCUUCUAAUAUUUUCCUCCUCUAAUUUUUCUUCUGUAUUUUUAUGAAUUACAUAAUUUUGUAUAAAUAUUUCUACCGCCGUGAAAUUAGCUAUCGCUAUUGUAAUAUAAGAAUGUAAAAUUUACUCUUGAUGCAAAAAA